AUGACCACAUCUCGCGCAUCGCCGAGCUCCUCACAGCCGCGAGCAUUCCUCUCCGCCAGGACCUCAUCCUACCAGCUCUCACCCAGGCUUUCGGGCUUCUCGGUCUCCGAGCAGGGCGACCAAGGAGAUAAUGCCGCUGAGCGAGGAGGAGGAGCAGACGCGACCGAUCCUAACCCCGUCCUGACCGACGAGAUCAACGAAAUCAAACGCUACGAAGACUUUACGACCAUCGACUGGGUGCAAGAUGCCGUGCAGGAACAAGCGCGACGCCGCGCUCGCCGCAACGAGGCGCGCGGAUUCUGGGAUCGCGAGGGGACGUUUGGCUGGCGACGGAAGCUGUGGGAGUCCUACGAUGCAGGCCAGGCCUGGCUGGUUGUGACUCUGGUUGGCGCGGCCAUUGGGCUGAACGCUGCCUUUCUUAAUAUUGUGACCGAGUGGCUGUCGGAUGUCAAGCUGGGAUACUGCACCAGUGCAUUCUAUCUCAAUGAGCAGUUUUGUUGCUGGGGGGCUGAAGAUGGUUGCCCCGAAUGGCAUCAUUGGGGACCCAAUUCCUUCAUAAACUAUAUCGUAUAUUUCCUCUUUUCGAUCGCCUUUGCUUUCAUGUCCGGUUUCCUUGUCAAGUCGUUCGCGCCAUAUGCUGCUGGAUCGGGUAUCUCGGAAAUCAAGUGCAUUCUGGCUGGAUUCGUCAUGAAAGGCUUCCUGGGCGGCACAACUCUUCUCAUCAAGUCAAUCAGUCUUCCGCUGUCAAUUGGCUCGGGCCUUUCUGUCGGCAAAGAAGGACCGAGUGUACACUAUGCGGUGUGCACGGGAAAUGUCAUCUCUCGAUUCUUCAACAAGUACCGACAGAAUGCCGCCAAAACGAGGGAAAUCUUGACUGCAGCUGCCGGCACGGGUGUAGCAGUUGCAUUUGGCAGUCCUAUUGGGGGUGUUUUGUUUUCUCUUGAAGAAAUGUCGACGUACUUUCCUUUGAAAACUCUGUGGCGAAGCUACUUUUGUGCUCUCGUAGCCACCGGUGUCCUAGCAGCCAUGAACCCCUUUCGGACCGGGCAACUUGUCAUGUUCCAGGUCAAAUACGACCGAACAUGGCACUUUUUUGAGCUGAUAUUUUUCGUCAUUAUCGGAAUUUUCGGUGGCUUGUAUGGCGCCCUGGUCAUCAAAUGGAAUCUGCGAGUACAGGCUUUUCGGAAGAAAUACUUGGCCCCGUAUCCCGUUACAGAAGCUGUUUUUCUGGCCGGUGUGACAGCGCUGUUGUGCUAUCCCAACAUCUUUCUCCGGAUCAAUAUGACACAAAUGAUGGAAGUUUUGUUUCGGGAGUGUGAGGGCGACAACAAUUACAUGGGAAUUUGCGACGCCCAAAAUCGCUGGCCGAUGGUAUUGUCUCUGUUCAUUGCCACAGUCCUUCGCAUCAUACUGGUCAUCUUUUCAUACGGCUGCAAGGUCCCCGCGGGUAUAUUCGUUCCCUCGAUGGCGGUAGGUGCGUCCUUUGGCCGGAUGGUAGGAAUUCUUGUGAAAGCUUUACACGAGUCGUUUCCCAACUCCAGCUUUUUUGCUGCUUGUGAACCAGACGUGCCGUGUAUCACGCCAGGGACAUAUGCAUUUUUGGGCGCUGCUGCAUCACUUAGUGGGAUUAUGCAUCUCACUGUUUCGGUCGUGGUCAUCAUGUUUGAGCUCACGGGGGCUUUGGUAUACAUUCUUCCUACGAUGAUUGUUGUCGGCGUCACCAAAGCAGUCAGCGACCGCUUUGGAAAAGGCGGCAUCGCGGACCGAACGAUCUGGUUCAAUGGAUUUCCUUUCUUGGACAAUAAAGAAGACCAUGUCUUCAACGUGCCAGUGUCGCGAGUCAUGACCAACAACCCGCUGUCUCUUCCAGCAUCCGAUCUCCCCGUCCGAGAAGCAGAGCAUUUGCUAAGCGACAACAAAUUCCAAGGCUUCCCCAUCGUCGAGGACCGAAGCAAUAAAAUACUUGUUGGCUACAUUGGCCGCACGGAGCUGCGAUACGCCAUUGAAAAAGCCCGACGGACCAGCCCACUAUCUCCCAAUGCAAAAUGCAUCUUCACAUCCGAUGCAUUGCCGCCAGACGUGAUACAGAACCGACGCUCAGUCUCCAGCCGUUACCAUCAGCAUGAUGCGCCGGAGACCUUUAACGAGCCUGAGGAUACUACGGGCUCGAGCUUUGUCGAUUUUGCGCCGUAUGUUGAUCAUACCCCGAUCUCGGUGCAUCCUCGUCUCCCACUGGAAACGGCAAUGGAACUGUUUAAGAAGAUGGGACCGCGUGUUAUUCUUGUUGAGCAACGCGGUCGUAUAAUGGGGCUGCUCACGGUCAAGGACUGUCUCAAGUACCAGUUCAAAGUCGAGGCGCAGGAGAACACUACAGCGGGUGAACCCACUUCGGGUAUCGCGAGUGCCUCUGCUCAUACUGACAACAACAACAACCAUGAACGCGGUCCUAACAUGGAUGAGAAGAUAUGGGAUUUUAUACAGCGAGUCGCCAGGGGUUUUUGGCCGGCACGCGAUGCGAGAAUUACACUAGAUCGGCCACAGCCACCGUCGGGUCAUGCCAGGGAAGAAGAGUAUGGGAUACUCGAUGGCACGGAAGAUGACAAUUUUGUCGAGUUGGAAGAGCGAGCGCGGUGA